UCAACAUAAUUUUUUAGCUUUUAUCAUUUCAAGAAAGACGUAAUACAAAUACUGAGGAGAGGGGAAAUAAUAAACACAAUAUAAAACAUAUAUAUUCAUUCCAGCAUUUAAGCAUUUCAGUUUUAGUUUAUCAUUGUUUAUCAUCGCUCCCAUAUAAUAGCAAUGGAAAUUCGAAUUUUGCUACUUUUCUUUCUUUUAACUGUUCUUGCUGCUGAUGUAAUCGCAUUUCGGAAGUCUUCACGAGGCUCACGAGUUUCCUCGGGAAGAUCGUCUUCACAGAGUUCACCAUCACGAGGUUCACCAUCACGGGGUUCGCAUAUUGAAUCAAAUUCCGAACAUAAAAGUUCAUCGUCUGGACAUAGGAUAGGAUCCAAUUCGACUGGAACUUCAUCAAAUGAGUACAUAACAUGAACACCCAACACGCAUGAACUUGACAGGGAGAAGAAUGAGAAGUGUCACGAUUAUCCCUGAAAGCAAUAUCGCCCUCUAUCGACAUAAAAACACUUUAGGGCAUGUUUUCAACGAACCCAUGGCUGACCAUCUUUAAUAGUAUUUUAUCGAUGACAAAAACAAACAUUUUUCUUUCCACGUGUGGAAAUUGGAAAUAUCUUGAAGAUAUCAUGGAUAAUAAAAAUAAGAUACAAUAUUUAAUCGUUGACACGAGUGCUUUUAUAAGAAAUGCUCCUUUGCAGGAUAUUGGAGUCAACAUUUUGACAGAACAAGCUGUUGUCGAUGAAAUCACGAGCAAGAGGCAGUUGAGAAGACUAGUUGUUCUACCAUAUGAUUUGAAAGUUCAAGAAGCUUUCAGUGAAAAUAUAAAAUUUGUGACUGAAUUUUCUAAGAAAAGUGGCGAUUAUACCAGCUUGUCGGCUACAGACAUCAAAGUUAUUGCACUCACUUAUCAGUUGGAAAAAGAAAAAGUUGGGACAGCACAUUUAAAAGAUGCUCCAACAAUUAGGACUAUUGCACCUACUGAAGAUAAGCAAAAUGGGGAUGAUCUUAAAUUACCAAUUGGUUUUUACAUGCCGAAGAAAACAGAAAAGACAGAAUUAGAUGAAGAUAAUGAUACAGAGGCUUCUAUGAAUAAUGCAGAAAAAACAGAUUUUAAAGAAAAUAUUACACACAUACAGAUUACAGGAAAAUCAAUUGUGAAUGAUACAAUAAACGACAUAGAGAUGCAAGAGCAAUUAUCUGAUACAUCGUCGAAUGAAAUCGAGUCAGAUUAUGAAACUGCAAUAUCAGAUAUUGAUGAAGACAGUGAACCAGAACCAAUAACUUUAACUGAAAAAUUUGCUAAAUUGAAUUGUAAUCCAACAGAUUUAAAAGUUGGUGAGAAAAAAUACGCUAUGGACGAUAUUCUUGUUCCACUUAAUACAGCAACAUCUAAAAGUGAAGAAAGUGACAUAGAUUUGAUCGAGGAUGAAGAUGAUGAAAAUGAUGACGAUGACGAUGACGGGAAUUGGAUCACACCAGCAAACAUUGCCAAUGUAAAAAAGCAAAUGGAUUCGGAGAUUCUCGAGGAAAAGACCGCUACUGUCGCGUGCUUAACGAUGGAUUUUGCGAUGCAAAAUGUGCUCAUGCAAAUGGGACUGAAUGUAGUUGCAUUAGAUGGCAGAGUGAUUAAACAGAUGCGAACGUUUAUAUUUAGAUGCUAUGCUUGUUUUAAGACUACUAGUGUCAUGACAAAGAUUUUCUGCCCGCAUUGUGGUAAUAAGACACUGAAAAAGGUAGAAGUCACGUUAGAUGAAAAUGGAAAACAACAAAUCCAUAUAAAUUUUCGGAGACCUCUCUCAGCCAAAGGAAAGAGGUUCCCAUUACCGAUGCCAAAAGGUGGAAAGCACGCAAACAAUCCCAUUUUGUGCGAGGAUCAACCAAUGCCAGAGCAACGUACGUCGCGUUUGGCGCGCACCAAGAACAAUCCCCUCGAUGACGAUUAUAUAGCUGGAUAUUCUCCAUUCGUUAUGCGCGAUAUAAAUUCUAAGUCGGCUAUGUUAGGUAUAAGACCGGACGGUGCUGUCAAAUACUGGAUGAAAAGAAACCCUAAUGAAUCUAGAAAGAGACGAAAAUAAAAACGAUUGAU